UUUGCUAUAGUGAAUGAAGAGGUGAAGGUAGAAGGAGCUGAACAGCAGAAUCUUGACAGCAGAUUUCACAAAAGGAUCUUUCCAGUCACGGGUGUAGGUGACACUAAUGUUGAUGAUGAUGAGGAUGAAUGUGAGGAUCCAGCGCUGUCUGAGGUGACGACAUGUGCCAGCAGUGAUGACGCCAGUGGCUGUUGGACGUUUGAGUGGAAUCUUGAACGCAGCCUGAGUCCUGAGUGGGAACUCGAGAAUUGUGAAACUGACAUUCAACCUAGCUAUUCAAAUCAGUGGGAGUGUUCAGAGAGGAGCGCAUCCCUCAGCCCACAGAGCCCUCUUGCAGUCCAAACAGAAAUGACCAGACUGGACCCAUCUCCCCCGAGAGACACUGAAAACUCCUGGAUGGAUGAAAGGAGGGUUAGAGACAUGUCCCGCCGGGCUUCAGAGUCCAGAGGAGGCAGGGAGAAAGAAAGUGGCUACUUUUCCCCUGACAGAAGAGGUGACGGUGUGCAGCAGAUGGAUGAGGACAACAAGCGUACCUAUCGCUAUUUUGAGAGGGGACAUCCCCUGCCAAGCAACUAUGUGCCCGAGCCCAAAGCCUGUGUCCCCUACAGAAAUGUCAGCCUUGGACUGCCGUCCCAAAGAAGAAACCCAGAGACCUAUCUGCAGGCAACUUGGAGAAGUGAGUCCCCACAGAGGUACACAUACCACUCAAACUUCAGAAGAGGUACAGACUCUGAGAGGAAUUCUCCAACACGUCACAGCUCUUUGAGUCCAGAUCGCUACAGGUUACCCGAGUCUACCAUGGGACCUCAGAGAGGGAGCUCCCUCUGUAGGAGUCAGGCUCGAUCUCAUGCCUCAUUUCAGGGCUCCCUCCAAAUUCAGUCCAAUGGUGCUUCACGCCACACAUCUGGCAGGUCCAGUCCUUCACGGAGAAGUGAUUCCACAGCUUCUCGUAAUGCCUCAGCACACAGACGGGCAGACUCGUUUCCGUUACACAGUGCUGGCUAUGAAGACCUUAAGAUGUCCAGUCAAGAGUCAAAAAGUCCAUCACAAGCUUCAAAUAAACACAGUUUGGAUUCUGAGAAACUCUACAGAAAUCUUGAGUCUAUAUCCCGUCGCGGUUCUUCUGCAGUGAGGCAGAACUCAUACAAAGCGUCUCCUCGAAGCAGAACAGCUGUCAGCAGUUUGGCCAACACUCUGUCAAACAACAGCCGUGAAAUGUCACCAUCCAGGAAUGGUUACAGUCCACAGAGUCACGACUCACUAAGAGCGCCUGAUUCAAGAGACAGCAGGAUGAGUAGAUCCCAAAGCUCCUGGCAGGGGUCUUCACACUCUUUACUCAAUCUCCCACUGUCACAUGGUUCCUCUUCAUUGAGACAGGAAGGGGCAGGCUCCGAGAUUCUAGUUGGGUCUCCCUCACACAUUGCAGUCACAGACGGUAAUGAUGGGGUGGCUUCUUGGCAGGGGUCUUCACACUCUUUACUCAGCCACCCCCCAUCUCAAGCUUCCUCUUCAUCGAGACAGAGAGCAGACUCUCGGGUUCUUGGAGGAUCACCCUCACAAUUUGCAGUCACAGGCUCCGAUAAGGUUAACGAGGGAUUCGGCUCCUCGCAUGGGUCUUCACCCUCUUUACUCAGUCGCCCGCCAUCACAAGGCUCCAAUUCAUUGAGACAGGCAACGGACCUUCAGAUCGAUGGGUCACCUUUGCAAGCUGUGGCAACGGAUGCUACAAAUGCUAAUAAUGAUGUUACUAAAGUCAGCUCUGAAAGAAGUAAGAGCAAUUUGAGACGAGGAAUGGAUGCCCUGUUGCUCUCCGAACCCAAAAAAGCUGUAGUAGAACCUGAAGAGGUUGGGAUGACCAUAGAUGACUACAUCAUGCUGGCUGAUAUACCCAAGAUUCAGGUGGAGUCAGAAGAAGAUUUUCCAGGGCUGAGACGGAGAAAUGAGAGUCCUAGUCCCUGCAGAAACCAGAGACAAAGAUCAUACAGGUAUCAAGAUGAAACAGACAUGUACAGUUCAAGGAUAGAGCCAGACGAGAGGAGGAGGGGCAGAGAGAGGGGGAGAGACAGACGAGAAAAAUGUCGGGACCUUGAGACUGGACGAUUGUCUCAGAGACAAUCUGCCACUUCUCUUCAUACACAGACCUCAGAUCUAAGUGAAAAACACAGAUCUUUGAGAGUGAAGGACCGAGGGCACCCUGAGUGCUUGCAGACACAGGGCUGGAUGUCCAGGCUGGAUGAGCAAGGCAAAUGGAUGAAGCACUGGUUUGUUCUUGGUGACACUUCGCUGAGGUACUACAGAGACUCAGAGGCUGAGGAGUCAGAUGAUUUGGACGGAGAGAUUGAUCUGACUUCCUGUGUGAACGUGUCAGACUGUGAUGUAGAGAAGAACUACGGGCUUCAAAUCCAGACAAAAAGAGCUGUGUUCACUCUCUCUGCUGUGACAUCCAGAAUUCGUCGGAACUGGGUGAAGUUACUGACACAGGCCAUCCAGAACAACUCGCACCAAUCAGACUCCGGCAGUGAGAAAGCGAACCCCCGCUCCCGGAGACUGUCGUCAAGCCAACGGCCCGCUCAGUUCCCCUGCAAGGACUCCAGCUAUAAACCUGCCAUUUCUAUCUACAACACCGUAGACGCUAACGCCAACAAGGACCCAACGACAGAAGGCGACCCGGGUGCAGACCUGUCUCCGGCCUCUCAGAGGGAACAAGGAGAAGGUUGGGACCGUGAGCAAGCAAAGAGACUGGAAGAGAGGAACAAGUGGUUUGAGGAAGGGGUCCCUCUCAGUGAGAUGAGCAGCAGGUGGGACUCCAUGGAACUGAAAAAGGGGAGCGUUACAGUCCCUGUUAUUGAAACCAUAGACUCUGAAGUCAAUAAAAAAUGGACAGAAUUUGAGACGUCUUAUAAGGACAUAAGCUCCAAGUCUCUCAUUGGAGCCAAGGCCCAUCAAUCAAGUUCUCCAGAUUUGCCAGAGUCUCUAGUUUAUUCUCAAAUGUAUGAACCAAGCCCAAAUCAGGUCAAUCAGACAUCAAUAAAUAGUCAGAUCCUUCCAACUAACAAAGCUGAAGCUCUUCAAAAGGAGGUCGAGGAGAAUCAAGCCAGGGAGAUAGAUGUGGACAGUCCGUGCGGCCCUGGAGCCCCCUGUAGAGCCAAGCUGAAAGCCAUGGAAGCAGCUCAUCAAAAGCAGCUGCAGGAGCUGCAGGAGAAGCAUGCCAGGGAGAAGAAGAAGCUUGAGGAAGAGAGAGACCGCAUGCUACAAGAGGAGAGCCAGUCAGCUGCUGAGGCUAUGGAGGCACUCAAAACAGCUCACAGGGAGGAGUUGGAGAGAGAAGUGGAGAAGGCCAGAGGGCUGGAUGGAGGAGCAGCACACGUGGAUGCCUCCUACAGAGGUCGUAUGCCUCAGGCGGAUGUCUUGCACGGUGAGUUAAACGUGCUAUCAGAACGAUACUCUCAAAAGUGCCUGGAGUUGAAAAGCACUGAGCACAACAGCAAGAGCCGAGAGACUGAGCUGGACUACAAGAAGAAAGAGAUGGAGCAGCUCCAGAGAGAAAACCAGGAGCUUAAGAUGAAGCUUGCAGAAGAAAUGAGUCGAAUGAGAUAUUUCAUUACAGGCCAGAGGUCUGAGGCGGUCUCACUUUGCAAAACUGAGGAAACUCCUUCCAAUUUAGAGACAUUGUUGAGAGCAAAGGAAAAUGAGGUGCAGUAUCUUAAAAAAGAAAUCAGCUGUCUACGAAAUGAGGUCCAAACCCUUAUGAAGGAAAAAGAAGCAGUCUACAAGCUGUAUAAGGAGGCCUAUGUUGAACUGAGCGACACAAGGGGUCGAAGCCAGUUGGAGCUGGGCUCCCUUAAUGAGCAUUUAAGACUGGCCAAUGCUGCACUCCAGGAGGAAGGCAGAGACACCUGACCAAUAAGGUCAACACAUGAACUUUACAUCAAAGGAUGAACAGCAGCCAGCCAAUUAAUAAAUAUCGCGUAAAACCAAUCUUAUUGCAUCACAACUGUUAUGUACGAACCACUGACCGUUCUGAAAUAAAGAGAAUGUGCUUCA